AAUAUUGUGACCGCAUCUUUACAAUGAACUACUCCCUUAACACGAUGGUCUGUUGUACAGAAAAGCCCUGACAAGAUACCAGAUGCUCUUCAGGCACAUGUUCUACUGCAAGCAUGUGGAGAGGCUGCUCUGUAAUGUGUGGAUCAGCAAUAAAGCAGCUAAGCAAUAUUCACUGCACUCUGCUAAAUGGUUUGCUGCUGCCUUUGCAUUAAGACAACGGAUGCUCAACUUUGUGCAGAACAUUCAGUAUUACAUGAUGUUUGAGGUUAUGGAGCCCACAUGGCACAUCAUGGAGAACAACCUGAAAUCUGCUUCCAACAUUGAUGAUGUCCUGUGUCAUCACACCAGCUUCCUGGAUAACUGUCUGAAGGACUGUAUGCUCACCAACCCCGAGCUGCUCCGCAUCUUCUCCAAGCUCAUGUCUGUCUGUGUCAUGUUCACCAACUGCAUGCAGCGGUUCACUCAUAGCAUGAGGAUAGACAGUGAGAUGAAGCGGCUAACUUUCGGGAACUCGGCCUCGACUGAGCGGACAGAAGAGGCAGAGAAAAAAAGACUGGCCUCUAAAUUCCUAGCUGAGCAUGUGGAUGCCCUCCAGUCUGACUCUGGGUUUGAGGCGACCAUCAGCAAGUUUGACAGUAACUUCAGCACCUUAUUGCUGGAGCUUUUGGAUAAGCUCAGCAUUUACAGCACCAAUGACUGUGAACACAGCAUGAUCAACAUCAUCUACAGGCUGGACUUCAAUGGCUUCUACACGGAGAGAUUGGAGAAAAUGGCCAUUGAGAGGAGCCAGAAAACUGCUGCGUAGCAUCAUCCAUUAUAAAAUUCAAUUGUUUUUCAAGUGUUCAAUGUGCUGAUUUGUUGUCUUUUUUCACAAAAAUAUGUAGUAAUGUUACAUGGUGCUGUAACAUAAAGCACUUAAGAAUUUAUCACCAAGUCUUGUUUGAUCAUUUUCUCCUCUCUGUUGGAAAUGUAUUUAAUGGUCUUGUACAAAUUUAAUGAAUUCCACCUGACUGAACACCCAAUAUAAUAAAGGAAGAAUGUAGUUUU